AUGAAGCCUACUGAGCUGGGAGUUCUGCUAGGGCUCUUCAUCUUCUUCUUGUGGACUACCCCAUUAAUGGGUGGUGUUUCUAGAAUGGCUGAAUGGCUGUGUGGAAAUUUCAAAGAUCCCUGCAGGAUGGAAAUGAAUUCUGGCAGCUGUUAUGAAGUCCACUUUAGAUAUUUCUACAACAAAACGUCCAAAAGAUGUGAACAUUUUCUCUUCUCUGGCUGUGAUGGCAACCUUAACAACUACAAGCUUAAAAUAGAGUGUCAAAUAGCCUGUGUUGCAGAAUACAAAAAUGUGAGAUUCCAAAGGUUCGAGAUAAGCAACAGCGGGAAGGCUGGAAAACUGAGCAGAGAUUUCCACUGCUGCCCAUCAGAGGUGGCGUUUCAAGUCUGA